AGCGCCAUGAGGGCGCGGUGAGGGAUGGAGCCGGACGCGGAGCGCGGGCUGGGCCUCGCGCUGGUCACGGUGUGCGCGGUGCUGAUCCCUGUCCUGAUCACCGUGUGGUGCAGUGUCCGCCGGGGCCGCAGGCAGCGGGGUCCGGCCCGGGACGGGAAGCACUCCUGGGAGCAUACCGACCUGUUCGGCAGGCCGACAUACUGCUCCGAGUGCGGCGUGCAUAUCCUGCGGGGCCUGUACUGCCGCUGCUGCGGCCUCUGCGCGGACCAGGCCUGCGUCAAAAAGGCGGCCCGGCGCUUCGCCUGCAAGGAGGGAGAGAGCGGGGCGGCAUGGAGCCACCGCUGGGUCCGGGGAAACGUCCCCCUGUGCAGCCAGUGCACCGUGUGCGGCCUGCAGUGCGGGAGCCAGCCCAAACUGUGCGACUACAGGUGCAUUUGGUGCCAGAUAACCGUACAUGACGAGUGCAUGCAGGACCGUAUAAAGACUGCAAACUGUGAUUUUGGUGAAUUCAGAAAUCUUAUUAUUCCUCCAAGUUACCUGUCAUCUGUCAGCCAGAUAAAGAAAGGCAAACCUGCUGACUACAAAAAGUUAGCCUCUUCCUUGGGGGCUCAAUGGACCCCCUUAAUAGUACUAGCAAAUACACGCAGCGGGAACAACAUGGGUGAGGUUCUCCUCAGUGAAUUCAAGGGCCUUUUGAAUCCUGCCCAGGUGUUUGACUUAAGCAAGAUCUCACCAUUUAAAGCUCUUCAGCUCUGCACGUUGCUGCCACCAAAUUCUGCAAAGGUGCUGGUUUGUGGUGGGGACGGCACAGUAGGCUGGGUCCUGGAUGCUGUGGAUGAAAUGAAGAUAAAGUGUCUGGAAAACUUUGUUCCGCAAGUAGCCAUUUUACCACUGGGGACAGGAAACGACUUGGCUAAUUCAUUGGGAUGGGGACCUGGCUUUGCUGGUGAUGUUCCUGUGGAGCAAAUACUUCGGAACGUAAUGGAUGCUGACAGCGUCAAACUUGAUAGAUGGAAAGUACAAGUUACAAACAAAGGGUACAGCCUGAGGAAACCAAAGGUAUUGUCAAUGAAUAACUACUUCUCAGUUGGUCCAGAUGCAUUGAUGGCCUUAAAUUUCCAUACUCACCGUGAGAAGACUCCAUCCCUGUUUUCUAGCAGACUUGUCAACAAGGCUGUUUACCUGUUUUAUGGGACAAAGGAUUGCUUGGUUCAAGAAUGUAAAGAUCUUAACAAGAAAAUAGAGCUGGAGUUAGAUGGAGAGCGGAUUGACUUGCCCAAUCUGGAAGGCAUUGUGGUGCUAAAUAUAGGCUACUGGGGAGGUGGCUGCAGGCUGUGGGAAGGAAUGGGAGAUGAACCAUACCCCUUGUCUAGACAUGAUGAUGGCCUUUUGGAAGUUGUCGGAGUUUAUGGUUCCUUCCACUGUGCUCAGAUUCAAGUGAAGCUGGCAAAUCCAGUGCGGCUUGGCCAGGCCCACACUGUACGGCUGAUUUUAAAAAGUUCCAAAAUGCCGAUGCAGGUAGACGGAGAACCGUGGGCGCAAGGUCCAUGUACCAUCACCAUUACCCACAAGACCCAUGCGAAAAUGCUCUACCACGUGGGAGACCAGACAGACGAUGAAGCCUCCAGCUCUUCAGACCAGGAGCAACACAGAGAUGUGAAUCAGAGUGAUGAGGAGAUCUAGGCAGCCAUGCAUUUGGAGGUCUUCACUACAUCCUCAUAAUCUAGAUUUCUUUCCACUUACAACAGCCAGCCCUUCCUUUAAUAGGCAGAAAAUGUCAUGACAUGCCUGUGUCUGCAACAGUGAAUGGCUGUAAGUGUCCUUUUUCUUAACCAAGCCAUUUGAUGGGCAGUUUGCCUCCUUUCAUUCCCUGUGGGAGAAGCUAAUGCAUCUUGUGCACUAAUGUAGAUAGGUCACCCCCCAAUCUUGGGGCAUAUCUUUAAAUCAAUGGUAUUUUCCAGAAAUAUCUUCUGUAUUAGAAACCUGAAGUAUAUACUUAUUUUUUUAUCCUCUAAUCUGAUUUUAAGAAGAUGUAUAUGUCUUAUAUUCCAGACUACUGUGAAAAUGGGGAAAAUAUAUGCAGUUUGUUUGUUUGUACUAACCCAAGAUAAAACUGUGUACAAUAGAACAGACUGGGAUUUGAAACGUACAAAUAGAUUGAGGAAUUUAUCAUCACAUGCACAAAUGAUGCUCUGCAUGCGCGCACAGUGAAUUUAUCAAAGGGCUUAGCCACAUUGAGACGUAAUUGUUUACAGAAUGAGUAACUUGUGAAUUCUUUGAAUAGCCUUCCAGCAGAGAUGGUAGAGGUUUAUACUCCCAUUGUACAGCGCUACGGAAUUUGCUGGCGUUAUAUAAAUAUAAUAAUACACUGGAAUUUCAUACAUGCUUUAUGUAGACUUACAGUUGCCCUGACAGAAUGAAAGCUUCACCUUUUUUCAAUGCGUUAACUAGCUUGCUUCAAUGAUACUUCUCUUCCCUCGCGCUAGCUUUUCUCUGAUUUCAGUGAUAGAAAAUUAAGUUUCUAUCACCUGUAAUAUCUAUUGUAAAGGCCCACCUUAUUCCAAGAACUGUGUGAUUUACUAAGGCAGUAUUCUUCAGCCAGCCUUGACCU